GUGAAAUUUGCCAAGGACAGUGUGUAUAUUCACAUUAACGUGCAGGAUGCCAAAGACAAAGAAGCACAUAUUGCUGGUCGGGUUUUCUUACUUACUAAGCCUGAAGGACACUUCAUAGAAUGGAAGGCAGAAGAGUUUCUCAGUGACACACAGAAUGAAGAAUGGGACAUUGUGGGUCCAGUGGGUUACAGAAGUGACCGGGAUGCUGAUUCAGUCACAGUGAAUCCAAAGAUGGACACCAGAAGAAAGUACAACAUUGGCUUCAACAUUCUGGACCUGAACAGUUUCAAACGUAAUGCCCCGAGCCAGGGCUGGGCCAGCAUCAUCUUCAUCCUCAAGGAUGGCACCACAUUCCCUGCCCUGCACUUCCACAAUGGGGGCAGCAAGGCCUUUCUCAAGGAACUGGAGAAAUUUCUUCAGAUACACAGGUCACCCAAUGAUCCUCGUCUAUUUAUUGUCAAGAGUGAUGAUCCAGAAAUGCUAUCCAAGUCUUUCAGCGAGCUAGGCGUCUUCACAGAUUCAUCUGGGGCUUAUGUGCAGAAAUUUGUGAAAGAUCCAUACACAACCACGAUGGGAGGCUUCUCCAGGGUCACCAACUUCCUGCGAGAGGUUCUGCUGGCCCCAGACAACAUGGUCAGGCCACAGUCGGAGCUGGCUGAAAUACUACACGAGGAUAUCCCAGGCAUGGAGAUCUCCCAGCUGGAUGAAUCUGGCUUUGAGAUGAUCACCAAGACAAAGUUGCCUCCUCAUCCGACAGUCAAGAGAUCAGAUCCUCUGAAUGCCCUACAGUGGAACUCCUUCCUUGAUACAGAGGGCAAAUUCACAAAUGUUGAAGAUGUGAAAGACAUUAUCUUCCGAGGGGGCAUAGAUCCUUCAAUACGAGCUGAUGUCUGGAAGUUUCUGUUGGGUUUCUACGACUGGGAUUCUACAGCCAAACAAAGGCAAGAUCAGCGAAAGAGGAAAGU